UGCAUCCAACCCCAAAACUUCCACCACAACUCUACACUUCUUCCCAAACCUCACGACCUCCGAACAUACCCAUACCCCGCAGAUCUCAAGCCCUCAGAAAGAGGCAACACACGCAAGAUGGGUCUCGAAGCAGUAAUGGUAGUGGUAGACAACAGCGAAAGCAGUCGAAACGGAGACUACACACCCACCAGAUUCGAAGCACAGUCCGACGCCGUCUCCCUAAUCUUCUCCGCCAUCACCCAAGGCAACCCCGAAUCCUCCGUCGGACUGAUGAGCAUGGGUGGAAAGGGCCCAGAGGUGUUGGUCACGCUGACAACAGACCAUGGGAAGAUAUUGGAGGGUUUACAUCGUACCAAGUCGAAGAUUAGAGGGGAUAGUCAUUUGGCUACGGGAAUUCAAAUUGCUGGUCUUGCACUUAAACACCGACAAAAUAAGUCACAACGCCAACGGGUUAUUGUCUUUACCUGCAGUCCGAUUCCAGAAGAUGACAAGACUCUUAUCAAGCUGGCCAAGAAGAUGAAGAAGGGAGGUGUGGCUAUCGAUUUUGUAGCCUUUGGCGAGCUCGACGACGACACAACCAAGAAGUUAACCGCAUUCAACGAGAACGUCAAAAGUGGUGACGGAUCACAUCUAGCCAUCAUCCCCCCCGGACCGGGACUCCUCAGCGACCAACUCGUUACAAGCCCUAUACUAAAUGGCGAUGGGUCAAGCGCAGGUGCAGGAAUGGGUGGAGGAGCAGAAGGUGGCGAGGGCGGCAGCUUUGAAUUCGGCAUUGAUCCCAGCGUGGACCCCGAGUUGGCUCUUGCGCUACGCAUGAGUAUGGAAGAGGAGAAGGCGAGAGUGGAGAAGCAGGGCAAGGAGAAGGCGGAUGAGGAUGCUAAGGCUGCAUUACCGCAGAUAAAGGAGGAAGAGGUGAAGGAGGGAGAGGAGGAUGCACAACCGUUGUUGAAUAAGGAUGGGGAGGCGAGUGGGAGUGGGGAUAAGGACGCCAAGAAGGAUGAUGCGGAUAAAAUGGAUCUGGCGUAG